UGGUGCGUUCUCUGUUCAGAGUUUGUGAGGUGGUCCAGAGUUGGGAUGUAACUUGUCUAGGCUAGAACCUUUGUCGGGAUCGAAUGUCUGGAGAAAAAAAAAGACUAUUAAAAUGUGAAAAGCAAGUCAUUAUCCUACAUUAAAGUUUGGAGUAAUUAUCUGCAGACGGAAGUCGGGAAUAAAACUUGGGUUGAGUCAGACUCUAAAACCGUAGGCGACUGACUACAUUGACCCAGGCCCAGGCUCAAGCUUGAGAAUUUACGCCCAGUUCUUGCUAUCAAAAUGUGAUAAAAUUAGCAUUGCUCGUAUCUGUGUCGCGGAUCGGAAUCGUUAUCAGUCCAUGACUACACUCCCAAGAGUACCUACGAAUAUUUCUACCCCCGGCGCAAAUAGAACAUGUUAUUUACACUCAGUUCCUUGCAGAAGCUCGCCUGCAUCGCAUACAUCUUAUAACUCGUGCCGGGACCUUUUCAUUUCUCUUCGCACAGGUGAAAAACAGUUUCCGUUGCCAUGCCCAGGUAAAAAUAAAUUGGCUUUCUCGGCGUAGUGCGGCUCCUUCACGGCUCUCCUAAUUUUUUCGGGAUUAAUGGAAUUUCACAUGUAAUUACCUACGGAUUUUUGCUAAUUUAUUUAAUCAGCCGUGGCCCGUGCUCCUCCUUCUGAGUGCAAAGUAUCUAAGUUGAUUCACUGAAAUUUGUUUAACUGAUCAAUUGUUGAUAUUUACUGGCCCGUCUUGUGCAAAGUGUUCCGAUUUGAUCAGGGUCGAGUGGAAAUUAUGUGUUGCGAUUGUGUUUGAUACGAUUGAAUUGAUUUAGUGUGAAAUCAGUGGAUUCGGUUGAGAUACAGAAUCAUGAGUCAGAAACAGCACAACGGCCAUGUUAUCACAAACGGUAUCGCGGAUAAUGAUAAGGCAGUGAACAAUAGUUGCAAUAGUAAAGAUGGUUGUUGGGACUCGGUUAAUUUGAAUCAUCUCUCGCCGUCCCAUGCCACUUCACCGCCAAGCUCCGCACUAUCACGCUUGAAUAGCUUAGAUUGUUGGGAUUACACGAUUGAAUUGGAAUGUCUGCAGGGCCCACAAGAUCUUCAACUUGCCGCCGAACUAGGUAAAACGCUCUUAGAACGCAACAAAGAACUAGAGACGGCACUGAAGCAACAUCAGAACGUCAUUGAAGACCAAGCCCAAGAAAUUGAGUAUCUACAAAAACAGACAGGCGCGCUGCGAGAAGUUAACGAUUCCCGCCUAAGAAUCUACGAACAAUUAGAAAUAGGAAUUCAAGACUUGGAGAGAUUAAACCAUAGACUAACCCUUGAGAACACAUCCGAAAAGAAACACUCAAAAUUACUGUUACACAAUAUCGAGACGUUAGAGGCCCGCUGCGAAGAACUGACAAAAAAUGUUGAAGACCUUAAGCAAACGCUUGACGCCGAGCGUCGGAAGAAUGAACGAUUAGUUCAGGAGAAGAACAACCGCAAUGACCAGUACAAUGCCCGACUGCGCAACCAUGACGACUUGCAUAAUUCAUCUUUGUUGGAUGAAGUGGACAGUGAUGAGGUUCACAAGUCAUAUAACAGCACGUCAUCUCCGGAGCAUCAGUCGGGCCGAGGAGCCCACAUGAAAAAUGCCAAUUCGACAGGCACAAGUGAUUGCCUGGCCGUGGAUCAGCUUGACGUGAGCAACAUUGCAGGCGAGGAAAAUGAGGAACUGAUUAAGUUAAUGACAGAAUUGGAGACGACAAAAAAGGCCUACAUUUCGGAGCAGCAACGAGUCAGUGAACUGGAAGAACAACUCAUGACCAUAAUUCAAGAAAACCAAACACUCCAGAGCCGAGUAGCCCAAGUUAGUACAAACGAAGAGAUGAAGUCCGUGCACGAGGAACUGUCCAUUCUAGAAGAAGUGCGGCAAGGAACAAUGUGCAGUCGCUGCCUGAGGUCCGUGGACGAUCGUAACAUGCUUGAGGAGGGAUCAUCCAUCGCGGGCACGGAGGACGAUGAGGACCGCAGCUACCUGGAGCUGAUGAGUAACCCAGCGGAAUCCGCCAACACCAUGUACCGCCCUGCCGUCUCAAUCAAGAAUUCAUCAAAGCCGGACACCUUGGAUCUGGGUGGUUCAAGCCCCAACCCCUACCGUGAGCUUGUCGAGAAAUAUGAGGCUCUUUUGGAAGUUCAACGUCACAACAUGGCACGCCGCCAAUCACCACCCAAUUUGCACGAUGAUAUUCCAACAUCUGGUGAAUUCAGUUCAAUGAAUACAAAAGGAACAGAUGAAAGUUCCUACAUUGAACGCGAAAAGUCACAACCACGCUCAACCAUUUCCAACGGAGCUUCAUCCACGGCUGAAUCGACUUCGGCAACCACCAACGGAAUUGCACCAAACACUCAAUCCGGCCAGAAAAGUGGCAAAAACUCUCGUCGCACACCUACCGAUUUCUCAGAGGCUGAGACAUCCAGUUCAGGAUUCUCAGAUGAAACCAGCAAUAAGGCCACCCAAACCGAUGAAAGACGUGGAUUCUUCCUGUGCUCAAUUGGCGAUGGUGAUGAUUGCAAGUUUAGCAUUUAUGACGACGUCAGUCCAGUUGAUUCGAGAUUCCGCAAUCGUCCUGAAUAUCGUGAACUCUUCAAGGAGAUAUUCGCUGUGUUGAAGAAAGCAGCGGAGAAUAAGGAAGAGGGAGAUAAGCUGCCAUUACUUGAUGAUACACAUCCGACUGUAAAUAAAGUCCCUCCAGUCACUCCAGCCAACGAAGAAAUUCCUGACUUCGGCGACGAUACACAAAGCAUCAUUUCAUCUGUUGUUUCAGAACAAUCAGUGGCCAUGUCUGAGUGCAUAACCAAGACCGAACGUAAGACUGCAGCAAAGAAGCAUAUAAUCGAAAUGGGUCAGGAGAACAAGCCACCUGUUCUACCGACACCAGGCCAAACAUCAGCCAACAACGGUGCCACCGGUGGCAAUGGCAAAAAUUUGACAGAGAAUGGACGCGUCCUAACCCCAUUGAAACGCGAACCUACUGAAUAUCUUGCCGUGACUGUAGGCGUGAAAAAGAAGAAUCGCAAGAAGAAUCGUAACCUGAACUUGGACCGAUCUGAUUCACCGAUUCUCCCAUCGCCUCCACGGGUAUACUUAGCUUCAGGCAAGAAGCGAAGGGACAUGCGACCGUUCAACGUAUCCGCAACAUCCUGGUCAACCCCGAGCUCAAAUCCAAACGUACGUCCCUCGACGCUUAUGAAUCGACCCCUGGCCACCGAGUGGAACGGCAACUCCAUGGUCAUCUACAACCGUAGCGCUCAAUCUGCAGCAGCUUCCGGUCAUACACACAAUAAUUGUGGGGGUGAGAUGGACAUGUCCCAUGUGGAGUUCCGACCAAGCACGGUUUCACAAGAUUUGCACAAAUUGAAAAAGCUGGACUUAUCGUACGCCGAAGUACUUCGACGGGCGGACGCCUGCAAACACCACCAUCGUAGGAAAUAAGUGGGAUUUAGUGUAAUUUUAAAGGGGCGUGCUGGUGCGUCCCGCCUUACAUUCCAUCUUAUCUGGUCGUCUGUCAAACCCCAUUCACACUAUCCACUAUCGUCUCAAUUAAUGUUAUUUUUGCCCGCCGUAGCCAUUUAUAUGAAGAGGUCCUUUUUCCAAUUUAUCUACUCGGAAUGUGCUUGUUUUCUCCUUUCUGUUAUGUAUAUUUAACCUGUUUAUUUUCCCUUCUGUACCUAAUGUAAUUUCUAAGAACUAAUGUGGAACACAAAUUCGUUGUAUAAUAAUAAUCCUGGUUGAUAUUUUUUCGAUUGAUAAUCAAUUGUCCCUGAUGUCCUUUAGAGUGUCAUUUAUUUUCCUUAAAGUUAUACAUAUUGUACGUAAAAAUAAUUCGUCUCCUGUUUUGUUUUCUAUUGUUAGUUUCGUUCGUAUCGAUAGGAUUCUGUAAACAUUGUAUUUUGUCUGUAAAACAACAUUUAAGUAAGAAAUCAAACAAAGGAACGAACAAGUGAGAAGUGUAAAAUUCAAAAUAAAAAUAAUUAUUAGUGAAAAAAA